UGUCAAAAGUCGUUUUAGAACUGAAAAUUUCGACCGAUAGAAAUUGCAGUGUGAAAAAUGGACUCGCCGGACGGGUCACGUGUCCAAAUUCUGGCCAUGGUGGUGCGGGUCUGUGCGGUGACUGCGAUUACCUACUUCAGUGCCAAGUGGAUGCUCGGCGCCCUGGAUCCCAACAGUAAGAUGCGCAACAAGGCCAAGCAAGUGGCGGAGCAGCAGUUGCGUAAGCUGAACUCUUCUGUCAGAGAUACGGCCCUAAAGAUCCGAACCCGCGACUUCAACGAGCACGAGAUAGUGAUCGCCGCGAAUCUCGUAGCUCCCGAGGACAUUGAUGUCAGUUGGGCGGACAUAGCUGGCUUGGAUGGAGUUAUCCAGGAGUUGAGGGAGACGGUGGUGCUGCCAGUGCGCCACCGCGAUCUCUUUCGCCGAUCGCAGCUGUGGAGGGCUCCGAAAGGUGUCCUGUUGCAUGGUCCCCCUGGCUGUGGCAAAACAUUAAUUGCCAAGGCAAUUGCCAAGGAUGCAGGAAUGCGGUUCAUCAAUCUGGACGUGGCCGUGCUGACGGACAAGUGGUAUGGUGAAAGUCAGAAGCUGGCCACUGCUGUCUUCACGUUGGCCCAAAAAAUUCAGCCGUGCAUUAUAUUCAUUGACGAAAUCGAAUCCUUUUUGCGAGUGCGCGGCAGUGGAGAUCACGAAGCCACUGCCAUGAUGAAGACCCAGUUUAUGCUGCAGUGGGAUGGUCUCAUGAGCAACGCCGAUGUUUGUGUCCUCGUCCUGGGGGCCACCAAUCGGCCGCAGGACCUUGACAAGGCCAUCCUUCGGCGAAUGCCGGCACAAUUUCACAUCGGAGUGCCGCGUGACUACCAGCGAAAUUCGAUCCUCAACUUGAUCCUGAAAAGUGAGCAGCUACACUCCGCAGUCAACCUCCCCGAACUGGCUCGCUUGACUAAUGGAUUCUCGGGAUCCGAUUUGCGGGAAUUAUGUCGCCACGCCUCCAUGUACCGCAUGCGCCAGUUUAUGCGCGAAAAGCUAGACAUCGGUGAGGGAGCCAGAGAGGGUGAAUGGGGGUUAAGCUUGGAGAAGAAGGACCAGAGCCUUCCGGAAUGCGAACAACUGGAAAUACGCAUGGAGGACUUUCUAAAAUCCCUUACUGUCAUGAAAGUGUCCAAGUUUCAGGCGCACAGCCUUGUCGAAAAAGAUCUCGAUUUGGACUAGGGCCACCAAAAAAAUCGGGAAUAUAAGCUGAAAAAGGAUCUAUGAAAAAGUUUCUAAGUCCGACAAUAAAAGCUGCACAUGCUUUAAUUUUUAAAACCGUUUAGAGCAAAUUUGUAGUUUACGAUUGAAAAACGUUUCGUAAAAGAAAAAUUAAAAAUGUUUUCGAUAAGUAAAACAAUAAUUUAAUGAAAUGUGCGUUUUAAAAGCAGAUUAAAUAAAAUGUGCUUAAGACUUAGAAUUAUAUAUCUGCACUAUACUUUUGUCUGUCUGAUUCUGCAUAACGAAACCACCCACUGUAUAUCUUCUUAUGCCAUCCUAUCCAGCUUUUAACACCCCGCCCUGUCAGCCCAACCAAUAUUUUUCACAUUUCAUGGCAUGCAUGAGGAGUUUUUGCAUCUAUGAAGAGCAGCGAAAAAAAUCUGAAAAAAAAAGACUGGAACCAGAAGCGGCUGCGAAAGAACAGCAGCAGCACAGUGGCAACAAAAACUCAAAAUAACAACAGCUACGACAGCAACAACAAAAAAUCUUUUAUGUAAAAUUGAAUAUUCAUAAGUUGUUUCACAGAAGCGGCAGAAGCCUAACUACGAGCCUCAGUCUCCGCCUCGUUUGCUUCUGCUAUACCCUUGCCAAUUGUAUUUUUAUUUUCCUCAUGCAUCUGCUCUUUUCAGGAAGGAGAAGUUAAUUAAUAAAUACAGUGUGCAGUAAUGAA